AUGGCGACGCAGCUCGUGGCCCUCCCGGAAGUUGAGCGCCUGAGUGCGUCAGUGAUACGAAUUCUGGGCGGAAACCCGGGAAAGUUCACUUUACAAGGAACCAACACAUACCUCAUCGGCCGCGGCUACCAACGCAUCCUCAUCGAUACCGGCCAAGGCGAACCAGCCUGGGCCAAACAGCUACAAACCGUCCUCUCUGACGAAAAAGCCACCGUGCACCAAGCCCUCCUCACCCACUGGCACGGCGAUCACGUCGGCGGCCUGCCUGAUCUGAAGCGGCUCUGCCCCGAUGCUCAAGUAUUCAAGCACCAUCAUCAGCCGGAAGAUGCAUAUGCCGAUAUCAAGGAUGGGCAGGUCUUUAGUGUGGAGGGGGCUACGCUGAAAGCCCUGUUCACGCCCGGUCAUACGGAGGAUCAUAUGGCUUUUGUGUUGGAGGAGGAGGAUGCGAUAUUCACGGGUGAUAACGUCCUCGGCCACGGCACCGCCGUCUUCGAAGACCUAAAAGUCUACCUAGCCAGUCUCCACCGCAUGCGCGACCGCGUCCAGGGCCGGGGGUAUCCCGGCCACGGCGUGGUGCUGGAAAACGCAACUGCCCGCAUUGCCGAGUACAUCCAGCACCGGCAACAGCGCGAGGACGAGGUGCUGCGCGUGCUGCGGUAUGGAAAGUUGGACGUGGCACCUGGGGAACCCGAGCCUGAGCGCCGACAGGCGUGGACGCCGCUGGAGCUGGUGAAGCGGAUUUAUGUUGGGGUGCCGGAGAAUUUGCAUUUGCCGGCGUCGCAUGGGGUGGCGCUGGUGUUGGCUAAGUUGGAGGGGGAGGGGAGGACGGUGCAGGAGGAGAAUGGGGGGUGGAGGUUGGUUGGGGAGAGGAGUGCGUUGUGA